UGAGCAUUUGAACAAAGAGAGGCGGAAUUGUAUUCAUUAUAAAGGGUCUCUGUUAACUGUACGAUUGAAUUGAAUUGAAGGAUGGAAGAGAUAACUUUUUCGGAAGAAGUCCAUAAUCCCUGGCAAAGUGUUGAAGCCAGUACGUUGGAAAUGUGGGAUCAACAAAAAAACGCUACUGAUGCUGAAGAGGUUGUCUUUGAUGAUAUUCCUGAUGAAACUUUGAUCCAUCAAAUGAAAACGCAUCAGGAAAAACGGUUCGGGGCAAGCUACCGAAAAUCUACCAUUGACGAAGUUGACGUAAAAAUUGAGAAUUGCAGCAUUUCGCCAAAGAAAAAUGGUUUUGUUGAAGGAAGAACAAAAGGAAAAUCAAUGAAUGAUCCAGUAUCUUUGGAUUCUAAGGUUAAUGCAGAUGCAUAUCAACACAAAGUACCGCAUCGUCCUAAUAGUAUGGGCAAAGAAGAACAAGGUAGUCAUUGGCGUUCUCUUCCUUCUAUUCCUACCUUUGAAGAACUCUCAUCUGCAUCUGUUGAUUUGCCAGAAAACGAUGUAUUUGGUAGAUAUAAAGACUUCGAUCAUUAUCUAAGUGUACAUUAUACCUUGCUUCGAGAAGAUGCUAUUUCUCCUCUUCGAGAAAGUGUUUUAAGAUACAAGAAGGAUCCAACUUCCAUCUCCUCUCCUUCAUUUGCUGUUUACGAUCACGUUCGCGUUGUUGGACACAUAAUUGCUACUGGUUCAGUUGUCUCCAAACUCUCAUUUUCUGUUAGAGCUCAAAAACGGAUACCUUGGGCCACGAGUCGACGUUUAAUUUCAGGAAGUAUUGUUCUUUUAAGUGAAGAUAACUUUGAGCAUUUUCGUGUGGGAACGGUUUGCGCUCGUCCCUUAAGCGGUUUAAAAAAAUAUCCUCAUGAAGUUGAUGUUUUUUUCAAUGACUUAAAUCUCUCAUUGGAUUCAAGGAAGGAAUUCGUAAUGAUUGAAGCUACUUCCGGCUAUUGGGAAGCUUACAAGCAUGUAUUAUCAAGUCUUCAAAAGUUGUCUGUGCACCAUUUCCCUAUGAAGGAUUAUUUUGUUAGCUGUAAGCGCAAUUCUGAAAUUGCCAGGUAUGUCCAACAUAAUCCCUUGAUGCGAAUCAACUCCAUUUUAGGGAGCUCUCAGCCGCCAAUUGACAUCCUGGAACCUUUUCCUUCUUAUGAUGAUUAUUUAUUAGACAAGUCUCAGUUAAAAGCAUUUCAAUCCAUGCUCACAAAAAAAUUGGCACUUGUUCAAGGUCCUCCUGGAACAGGAAAGACAUUUGUUGCUUUGAAGGCGAUUCAGAUUCUUUUAGAAAAUUCAAAUUCGAAUGUGCUUCCCAUUUUAGUUGCUUGUCAAACCAAUCACGCUGUUGAUCAAAUUCUCCUUCAGCUCCUCCACGAAGGUGCUUCAGUUGUACGACUUGGUUCUCGUACUCAAGUUCCUGAAAUUAAAGCUGUAUCUGUUUUUGAAAGGAUUAAGUCUACAAGAAAUACAUUCCGGGUAACAUAUAAUGAUAUUCGAAAAAAAAAAGGGCGGCUCAUGAAACAAAUGCUGAACAUUAUGUCGAACUUUUCUGGUGAAUUCGUAAAACUUACAUAUUUACACAGUCGAGGAAUCAUUACCACGGCUCAACUCCAAUCAUUGGUAGAAAACUCCGGUUGGGUAAACGCUGCUGUUGAAAGCGAUGAGGCAACAGAAGAAGAACAGAUCGAGUGUUGGUUAGGUGAAACGAAACUGGAUUUAAUAACGCCCACAGAGAUUGUUGAUGGUUAUGAAGAAGAAUUACAGAUUGAGGCUGAACAAUUAGAAGAAUUGGAACAAGAAGCAAAGGAAGAUCCUGCUUUCGAGGAUGACGAGUUGCAUGGCAUCUUUAGAGAUUUCAAGCGGAAGUAUGAUUUUUGUGAAAGCAUUAAGCUUCAUUUGAAAGAGCUGAAAAGUUUUCUAGCUACAGAAAACAUUUGGGAUAUUCCAGAAUUUAGUAGAGGCAUAGUUUAUAAGCAUUGGCUUCAAUUAGCUUAUGAAGAUGCGGAAUUCCGGUUGAAACGUUUGCAUAACCUUUAUCGAAAAGCAGAUGAAGAAAGAAUAAAUUGUACCGACAAGCGUGUCGCUGCUCUCCUUCGUGGAGCCAAUGUUAUUGGAAUGACUACAACGGGUUUAAAUAAGUAUCGAAGUAUAUUGGAAAACAUUCGUCCAAAAAUUUGCUUUAUUGAAGAAGCCGCCAAUAUUCUUGAAGGUCCAAUUGUACCUGCUGUUUUUCCGUCUUUAGAACAGUUGAUCUUAAUCGGGGACCAUAAACAAUUGCGUCCGAGCUGCUCUACAUUUGCGCUUGCCAAAGCACCCUUUAAUCUAUCUGUUUCAAUGUUUGAGCGUCUGGUAGAAAACAAUAUGGUAUGCGAUAUGUUAAGCGUACAAAGACGUAUGCAUCCUCAAAUUCGUAAAUUAAUAGAUUCAGUCUAUAUUGGAUUAUCUGAUCAUAUUAUAGCAAAGGGCAGGUCUGCGGUUCCAGGAAUGGGACAAUUACGAAGAUUUUUUUUUACUCAUGCUGGCGUUGAAGAAACGGAUUUUGCUUCUAAAUUUAAUGUAUUUGAAGCAGAAAUGCUAGUUCAGUUUGCUUCUUAUUUAAUUAAUCAUGGCGUGAAUCCACUUCAGAUAACUUGCUUGACAUUUUAUGCCGCACAGAAAAAGGUUAUAGACGAUUUGUUAGCAAGACAUUUACCAAUUAACAAAGAAAACAUCCGGGUUGCCACUGUUGACGGCUAUCAAGGCGAAGAAAAUGAUGUGAUUCUUCUUUCUUUAGUUCGUAACCAUGAUCAACAAACAGUGGGUUUUUUGGUUUCGAGUUAUCGGGUUUGUGUCGCUCUUUCGCGUGCCAGACGAGGAUUAUAUAUAUUUGGAAAUGCUGAAAUGGUAGCAACUGCAAAUCCCCUUUGGUGGGACGUGAUUAAUACCUUAACCCAGGAUGAGGAACUUCCAGGACUAGGAGACUAUCUUCCUUUGGAACCAAAAAUCGAAAAGGAAGCAGUGUAUAUCAAUGAUCCGAAUGACCUGUUGGAACUUAACAUGAAGUUAAAGAACAUAAACGUUUACUGAUACCAUCAAACUAGUAGUUAUAAUAUAAAAAUCAGGCAGUCGAAAGACGAAAAGCUGAAGCUAGUAUUAUGCCAAAUGUGGGAUUUUGAGGUUGAAAAGUAUACUAACGACUUGUGCUUACGCCGAGUUCUAAACUUCAAAUUGAGUUAAUGCUAUAUCGAAAAAAAAAUGAAAAAAAAAAAAGAAAAGAUACUUAAUAACAGUGAACUCGAACGACAGAAGAUUACAAACGAUGAAAUGAAUUUCCUAAACUAAUAAUAAAUAAUUUUUUAAACAUGUUUGGUUAUGAGGGACGAGUUUUAGAAGGAUUAGAUUUAGACGAAGUAUGGAGGACGAAAAAGAGAAUGAUGGAAAUCAGAAGGGCUAUGCAGGCCUUUAUAUAGUAGGACGAAUUAAGAAGUUCCCAAACGUUGGAAAUCGGGUAAUAAUUUUUAGCUUGUUGCGAGGGUUUAGACCUUUUAGGUUCCGGAACUGCUUUUUUGGAAGAAGAAGGAAGAGUUGUUGAGGACGGAAGUGAAGUUUCCGGUCCCACAUGAAGCUCGACGAGUUGAGAUGAAACAUCCUACAAGGAGUCAUUAGAAACUGUAUAUAAAAUAAAGUGACAUACCUCUUUCUUGACGUUUUGGAUGGAUGCAAUACAAUUUUGGAUAUUUGAGAAAGUCGAUUCUAGUAGGGAGUCUGAAUAUGCAAAAUGAGACCGAGUUUUCUGGAAUGCUGCGACAAAUGAAUCAUCAGAAAGAUGUUCAGGAGUCGCGGAUCGAGAUAAACUAUAGGACAAUGUAACAGACUGAGGUAAGAGGCUGGAACUUUUCGUGCGUUAGCAUUUGAAAGACAAUACAACAUACUCUGCAGAAAAAUCAGAAGAUAUAUCUUCGACACUUGUGGAAUACAAAGGAAAACUCGAUGAAAUCGACUGUCUCUCAAGCGAUGUUACGGGCACAUUAAUAAACGCCUCUACAAGAUCGCAAGCAUCAUGUUUUGAAAGCUGCUGAUUUGGGUCAUUUUUCACAAAUUCAUAGGCUAGUUUUUUUAUUUCCUUUUUCAUCCAUGGAUUUACAUGGAACAUGUCGUUGUAAUGAAUGUCUAACAGGGUAAUCAGUUCGGGGACAGAAAUCUUUUCGAAAAGCAGUUAGAUAUAAUGGAAUAUCAACAUGGAGACUACAAACCUUUUCAUGUGAGAGCUUUAAUAUUUGAUCAAACAUUUUUCCGUGUUCCAUUUUUUGAGAAUUCAACAUCUGUUUUUAAAGGCCGCGAUUUGAAAUGAAUGCUGGGAGAAAACAAGGCGGGAUGAGACAGCUAUCCUCUGGUUGUUAUAUUUUGUUUAGAAAAAAAAAGGAUGCUUUAGCAAAAUAUCAAUAUCAAGAAGAAAAAAGUUCAAAGGAAACGC